AUAGUUUCAUUUCUCCAUCUGCAUCACUUCUGUAAAACACAAUCUUUAUUUUAGGAGACAACACAAGAACUGGGAGAAAUGGCCCCCUACUGGCUGAUAAGUGGAACUGCACUGCUGUUGCUGAUGUCUGGUUUGAGCCUGGUCUGGAGCCAGUCCUCAUGCGAUGGACCAGGCAUUCAUGGUGUCCCAGGAACUCACGGACGCUAUGGCAGAGACGGACCUAAGGGAGAUAAAGGAGAGCCAGGUGAGUCACUCAGUUCAUCCCAGAGACUCAAAGGGGACCAAGGAGCACAGGGCCCCACAGGACGUCCGGGGCCAAAAGGGGACCCAGGUCUGACCGGGCCCCCCGGUUACGCUGGGCGACGAGGAGAGAAGGGCCAGCCAUUCAACCCCUAUACCCAAAGAGUUCUAUUCUCUGUGAAACGAGAGAUGGGAAGCUACCCUAAUAACGAUGAACCAAUGGUGUUCAACAGGCCCAUCCUCUCAGACCAAGCUGCUCAGGGCGUCUCUCUCAUAAACAGCUCAUUCGUCUGUGAAACUCCAGGAGUCUACUUCUUCAGCUUCCACAUCUCAGUCAAAAGCAAAGUGUGUCUGAGGUUACUAAAACGCUCUGACGUCCACCUGACCCUGUGUGAUAACUGGGAAGGUUACCUGGUGACCUCUGGCUCUGCAGUGCUCCCCCUACAGGCUGGAGACAGUGUUUCUCUACAGACCACUCGAUUCAACCAGAUCGUGACCGCUUUAGGGAGCAGCCACACGUUUAAUGGGUUCCUCAUCUACAAAACAUAAAAUACACAGCAUGUACACACA